GUAGAGAGAGCAGGCUUAACGGAUUUAAACUGAGGGAGCAAAUCCAGGUCUAAAUUACACCGAAUAUGUAACUAAAAGUGUCAGCCAUAGCCCACACAACACUGCUUCCCUGGUUGACGUUAACGUCAACCGCUCAACAUCAUGUGUGCUGCUGGAGGACAGUCAGCUGCAGUCAAUAGGAGUCACCCAUUAAGGACCGGUCAACGUUUCUGCAGCAUGCUGCUGUGGUGAUUUCGGGGACGGAGUUGGCUCGUCAGCUCCACCGAGAAAUCCAGCGUGAUGUGGAAGAACUGGUAGCUCAGGGCAACAUGAGACCCCACUUAGGAGUGGUGUUGGUGGGAGACGACCCCGCCAGUCGCACAUAUGUUAAGAACAAGACCCGGGCAGCCAGUAUCCUGGGUAUUUCCAGUGACACUGUGGUGCGGCCGAGCUCGGUGUCCCAGGAGGAGUUGCUGGAGUUGAUUGACAAGAUGAACCGGGACUGGAGGGUCAGCGGCCUGUUGGUGCAGCUGCCACUUCCCGAACACAUCAAUGAGCGAGCAGUUUGUAAUGCCAUCGCUCCAGAGAAGGAUGUGGAUGGCUUCCAUAUUGUUAAUAUUGGCAAGCUGUGUCUGGACCAGAGAUCCAUGGUGCCUGCAACACCUGCAGCCGUGUGGGAGAUUAUCAAAAGAUCAGGUAUUGAGACGGUGGGGAAGAAUGUGCUGGUUGCAGGUCGCUCCAAAAAUGUUGGAAUGCCUAUUGCAAUGCUGCUGCACACUGAUCGUAAGCAUGCACGCCCAGGGGGUGAUGCCACAGUUACCAUCACCCACAGAUGUACACCCAGGGAGCAGCUGAAGGAGCUCACCAGCCUGGCUGACAUCAUAAUUGCCGCUGCAGGUGUUCCCAGGCUGAUCACAGCAGACAUGGUGAAAGAAGGUGCAACCGUCAUUGACGUGGGCAUAAACCGCGUUCAGGACCCGAAAACGGGGAAACUCCGGCUCGUUGGUGAUGUGGACUUUGAGGGAGUGAAGGAGAAGGCAGCUUUCAUCACACCUGUUCCCGGAGGCGUGGGUCCUAUGACGGUCGCCAUGCUGAUGAAGAACACUGUGACCGCUGCCAGAAACGCGCUGAUGCAUUAAACACACUCAUUUGUUUUAUGGAAUGAUCUGUAGUACAAACAGUGUACGACUACACAUUCAUUGAUUCAUUUAGGUUUACACACACUCUACCAAACAUCAAACACACUUUUAUUUAAAUACGUAAGCUCAAGACUCCAUUCCUGCUGGGAAACUUACUUGAUAUGUACUUUGUUUAUAUUUUGGAUUUGUUCAGUUAUUUAGGUUAUUUAUUUCAGAGUUCACUUUUUAAGAUUUAAGAUUAAUAUUUUUUCUACUGAAGUUGUUUUGGUUCAUUUUUGAACAUUCCAGAUUCACUGGAAAAGGAAUAUUAAAUGAAAAACAAUGCAGUGCCAGUACUACAAUCUCUGUCUUCAUUUUCUUAUUCACAGAUGCCAUUGAUUGGCAUUUUGCCUUUAAUGUAGAGUGAACUCUUCAGAAAGAGAGAAGUUUGACAUGCAACAAAGAUCCUCAUCUGGAAUCAGGUAUUAAAUCCAAGAUCUAAUGAUUUCUACUUCGGUGAAGAUAGUGAUCAAAUCAGUAAAAGUAAAGUGAGGCCUCCUUUGAAAGGGUUUGUAUGGUGUAAUACUAUUUAGAAAUUUACAGCACUUUAUAUAUUUUGGUAUUAACACAUAGAAAUAACUUCUGGCUUUAAUCUACUGGUGUUUGUUUUCUUUCUGAGCUAUUUUAAACAUUACAAUAUAUUCCCUGCUAUUGUAAGGAAUGAUAUGUACCUGAUUAUGUAUGUCGUUUACCUUCAUCACGCGAAUUUCUCACGU